CAUGAGGUUUAAAUUAAAUGAACAAUUGCACUCACGAGACACAGACAGCUGUAGGACCGCAGUGGGAGAAUUUUCCGUUUUAAUUUGUAGUCCGUUACGUUAAACUGCCACAAAGCUGGGCAAGCUAACAAACAGGAAGAAAUCAUUGCUGUCAUAUCGACACCGACGACGGCUGGCGUUGCCCAAAGUGCGGCCCAGGCAAGAGCCCGCGACCGCCACAUCAGGCACCAUGAUGGAAGGGGGCAUGCAGCUGCUCAACCGCGACGGCCACAGCAUCUCGCACAAUUCGAAGCGGCACUACCACGACUCCUUCGUGUCCAUGAACAGGAUGCGACAGCGCGGCUUGCUGUGUGACAUUGUGCUCCAUGUCUCCAACAAAGAAAUCAAGGCGCACAAAGUGGUGCUGGCAUCCUGCAGCCCCUACUUCCACGCUAUGUUUACCAAUGAGAUGUCGGAGAGUCGGCAGACCCAUGUGACCCUACACGACAUUGACCCUCAGGCUUUGGAACAGCUGGUCCAGUACGCCUACACAGCAGAGAUUGUGGUUGGGGAAGGCAACGUUCAGACGCUGCUCCCAGCAGCCAGCCUGCUGCAGCUCAACGGGGUGCGGGACGCCUGCUGUAAGUUCCUCCUCAGCCAGCUGGACCCCUCCAACUGCCUGGGUAUCCGAGGAUUCGCUGACACACACUCCUGCAGCGACCUGCUCAAGUCAGCACACAAGUAUGUCCUGCAGCACUUUGUGGAGGUGUCCAAGACAGAAGAGUUCAUGCUGCUGCCACUGAAACAGGUCCUGGAUUUGAUCUCCAGUGACAAUCUCAACGUGCCAUCUGAAGAGGAAGUGUACCGGGCCGUGUUGAGCUGGGUGAAACAUGAUAUAGAUGGGCGUAGGCAACAUGUACCGUGGCUGAUGAAGUGUGUGCGGCUGCCGCUGCUGAGGCGAGACUUUCUGAUGAGCAACGUGGAUACAGAACUGCUGGUGCGUCACCACUCGGAGUGCAAGGACCUGCUGAUCGAGGCUCUCAAGUAUCACCUGAUGCCUGAGCAGAGGGGAGUUCUCAGCAACAGUCGAACGCGGCCGCGACGCUGUGAGGGCGCCAGCCCUGUGCUCUUCGCCGUUGGUCAGUGUGCCCCUGAAGGUGGUGGCAGCCUGUUUGCUAUUCACGGAGACUGCGAGGCGUACGACACCAGGACAGAUCGCUGGCACAUGGUGGCGUCCAUGUCCACUCGGCGGGCACGGGUGGGGGUGGCAGCCAUUGGGAACAGACUUUAUGCUGUUGGGGGGUAUGACGGCACCUCAGACCUCGCAACCGUGGAGUCCUACGACCCCAUCACUAACUCAUGGCAGCCUGAGGUUUCCAUGGGAACACGGCGGAGCUGUUUGGGUGUAGCUGUCCUGCAUGGCCUGCUGUAUGCUGCUGGAGGCUAUGAUGGAGCUUCCUGCCUCAAUAGUGCAGAGCGAUACGACCCUCUGACCAGUACAUGGACCUCGAUUGCUGCUAUGAGCACCCGUAGGAGAUAUGUUCGAGUAGCAACUCUGGAUGGCAACUUGUAUGCAGUGGGAGGUUACGACAGCUCCUCCCAUCUCGCAACAGUGGAGAAGUAUGACCCCCAGAGCAACACAUGGACAGCCAUUGCCAACAUGCUGAGUCGACGCAGCAGUGCCGGGGUGGCCGUGCUGGAUGGCAUGCUGUACGUCGCAGGAGGCAAUGACGGCACCAGCUGCCUGAAUUCUGUGGAGCGGUUCAACCCCAAGACCAACACGUGGGAGGGAGUGGCCCCCAUGAACAUACGCAGGAGCACCCAUGACCUCGUGGCUAUGGAUGGAUGGUUGUAUGCAGUGGGAGGUAACGACGGCAGCUCCAGCCUCAACUCCAUCGAGAAGUACAACCCCCGCAGCAACAAAUGGGUCGCAGCCUCCUGCAUGUUCACGCGGCGCAGCAGUGUUGGCGUGGCUGUGCUGGAGCUGCUGAACUUCCCACCGCCCUCCUCGCCCACCCUCUCGGUUUCCUCCACCAGCCUUUGACACGGGGUCACCGCUUGGCUGACCUCAGCCUCUGCUGCUACAGCCCAGACCGGCUCUGGGAAGAGACGCAAUUGCUCGGUUUGAGACGGGGAGGAGGAAGAGGACGGGAGUGGACAGGUAAAUGAAUGGAGGGGUAGAAGACAGAGGGAUGGUGUGAAUAAGGCUCCUGGCUAAGUUAAUAGACAGUGCCCUCCAGAAUUAGUAGCACUCUUGGUAAAGAUCGGCCAACCAAUGGUUUAAAAAAACUGUGCAACAUAAUGUAAGUCCUCUAACUAUAAAGGAAGCAAUCUCUGUCCGUCUGUCAAUCUGCCUCUACAACUGUUCAUCCAAUCAACUUCACACUUGGGUGUAUUGCUGAUGACCCAAGGAAGUGCAGUGUUGAGUGUGAAGUAGUUUGGAUGAGCAAUUCCAAUGCCAGGGAUCCCCUUUUCAAGACGGCUGUGACUGCAAGCACUGUCCCGUGUACACAUCUAAGCAUGAUGCAUUGGAUUUUCAACACGUCAUUUGAUCAAAUUGAUUUUCUAAAUGUUUCAUCAUUGGCCCCCAUAUUAAAAGUAAUUUCUCCACCAUUAUGUACUGUUAUGGUAACGUAACAUUACACAAUGCGUCAUCUAACGUAGUUAUUCGUAUAUUCUCUGUUUACUUUAACAAGCAUGUAUGAGUGAGAAAAUGGUUUAAAGUAAUGCUAGAGACUGUUCUUACAGUCUAUAAAUCCUUUCAGUGCCACACACUCAUAUAUAUCAUCACUCUGUCAUAAGCUUUUCAAUUUUUAAGUCAAGUGCUUAGGUAAAUAUACGAAUUCUCCAGUUCAGAGAAAGGGUUGUCACAGCAAUCCAUUUGGUCUAGUAUUAUAUUUCUAGCAUCAGGCAUCUGACAAAUGGGGUUUAUUAUUAUUAAUAUCAUAACUCAGCAGUGACGUGCAAAUUAGAUGAUGGUGAUUAGAAGAUUAAAAAAAUACUGAAAUAUUAAUGACAAGUUUUUGAAAUGUAUUGGUGUAAAUUGUUAUAUUAAUCAUUACAAUAAAAAAUCUUUAGAAUAUUCUUUGCAUUAGUUGUUGAUAAAGGAUGCUAGAUUUCAGUACCCUCGAGAGACAUGUGCCACACUUAACUAUAUUCGUUUUUCACAACAUCAGAGGAUUCCUGAAAGAUUUUUAAUUGUAUGGCCAAACCAAUCUGGUCGCUCUAUACCAAGUUUGCCAUCAGUUCUGGAGUGCACUGUGUCUGAUCUGGAUGCCUGAAACUCCACUGUACAGCUCCACCAUACAGAUACCAGCUCCCACUCUCCUCAAGAGUACAAAGAUGUUCCCGGAUAAAGAUGUGUUGACAUUAACGACCUCUCCUCGAGCUCCACUUUUUUCCCCACCACUCUCACAGUGUUUGACACACUUAAUGUGAAACGUCGUGGGCACUUAAUUCUGUCAUGUGUGAUGUAAAUGUUUUUGGUUUGAUGUUGUUGUCCUCUGCAAGAGUUUUCUUUUGAUGUCAGGAUUUUUUGCAAUAAUGUACAAAAAAAAAGAGAAACUGAAUGAUUUUACUUUUGGAAUGUAGCUUUUGACUGGUUAUACCAUGCAUGUUUACACAUUGGCAUCGACUCCCAACCGGAGGAUAAAAUGUUGUAGUGCUGCUAUGCCACACUAGGUGGCAGUAACAGGCAAUGUUAUAAACCCUUCCCACACGACAAGAGAGCAUGGAUGCCAACAAGACACAAACGUUAGGCCCUCAGAACUGUAUAUGAGUUUGAUCCUUUUUUUAUAUAUAAAAACAAAGAGUAAUUAUGUUGAACCAUAUGUAUUUAUAAAAAUGUAUAAAUUCUAAUAUAUUGUUUUAAAAAUGCUUAGAGAAGGAAACAGACCUGACCUAUGCCUUUCGGUGUAUGACGUGCAUAUCGUCAAUGAAAAUGACAAAGAGAAUGUCUGAGUGUGAGAGAGGCAGCUGAUCAGUUUGUGUGCAUUUGGAGUUUCUCCCGGUUAAGAGGACUGAUUGUUGCAUUUUGAUAUGCAGCGUUUGAUUUGCAUUUCUUCGUGUUUCUUCACUGCCACAAACAUGAUCUCACGUGAAUCUGUACCUUCCGUCCGCUACAUUUGUGCAAAAGUCCUUUAGUUUCUGACAAAGCAACUAACCAGUUGAUGAAAGGACCCUAUAGUGUCUUUAUUCCUGCUUCUUAAUGAAUUUUAAAUGGCUAUGGCAGUAGGUACAGUCCUUGGAGACAUGACAGUUUAAAAUGACAAUAAAGCAGCAAGUACAAAGUAAGCAAGGACUUUACCUACAGUCAGCCAACACUUGACACUAAUGAGUAAUGCUGUUGACACUUGGUGCUGUCAUACUCCCUUCCACACUCCAUCAAGUGUGGUGUCUUGUUAUAUUACCUCAUUGUUGAAAUGGAUCCAACUCUAUUGCAGCAAAGUUAAACUAGAAACUGUAUGAUUAACCACAAAUAUACUGGUUACAGAACGUCACCACUGCACUUGCAUUGCCUAACAUAAAUGGAUCACUUUGAGUCUUUUUGACUCAGUUAAUACCCAGGUUCAGUUCAGUUCAUGUGUAGUGCAGUGAUACCAUUCCAAACUUCUGAGAAGUUGCCUUUCUUUCCUUUUUUUUUUAAGGAUUUUGUUAAUCCGGUUCUGUUUAUCAACUUAUCUAUUUACUUUUCAUUUGUUAGAGCGGACCCAGUAUAAUAGGGGCUGUGAUGGUCUUAUGGAGAUGUUGUUAAGAUUUCAAGAGAAAGGCACACAAAACCACCUAAGACUUUGGCCUUCAUUCCGCUGAACAAACUGUAAAUAGAAAGAUAGCUUAUCUUAUAUCCAUAUGUGCAAUUUCAAUGUGACUGUAGUUUUUUUUAAGUUUGUGUUCAGUGUGGUGAUUAUUGUUUAUUUAUGAUAUGUUUGUUAUUUAUGAGGAACUUUAAAAUAUUGAAUUUUGCACUAUUGCGAAAUGGAGCAAUACACUGUAAAAAAAAAACAAAA